GCUAAGGCCAACAAUCUUGAUAUUGUUCUCUGCCUCACAAUCCAAGACUGCAGACGCCAUUCGGGGACGAGGGCCAACACGCCUUCUGAGUAAUAACUUUUCAUUUCUUUAUUUCAGUGCCAAAGACAGCCUUCCGACCCUUUCUCUUUUCACGAUUCUUCUCAGAAUUUAAAGCCAUGUCUGAAACCACGCAAAACGUGGGUGCUAGACCUGUCAACUUCAGCCCUUCAGCUGCUCAUCAUCGAGCAUCGCCUGCUCAUCAUGACUCCUUCUCCGGCAACACUCGCUCUCUGGACGAACUCAUGAUCCUGAAGCCCUACUUUGCAGGCCAGCCCAAGUCACUCUCCGGUAUCGCUCUUCGAGCUUUCUGCCUCGGUAUCACCUUGGCUUGUAGUGCUAUCUCCAUGGGGGCUAUCCUAUUUUUGACCUCUAGCCCAGUCUGGCGUGUUCCAUUCUUCCUGUUUGCACUCUCAGCUUUUCACUUUCUCGAGUUUUGGACUACGGCUGAGAAGAACACACUCGUGGCCAGCAUUGGAAGUUUUCUCUUGACGGCAAACUGGCCAGCAUACGCCAUCGCCCAUUCAGCUGCGUUUAUCGAAUGUGCCACCAUUAACCUUUUCUUCCCUAAUCGACACUGGGCACCCUAUGGCACCGGUCCUAUUCUUCUGCUCCUCGGCCUUGUCAUGGUCACCGUCGGACAGUAUGUCCGCUCAGUGGCCAUGUUGCAAGCUGGAGCCAGUUUCAACCAUCAUGUUCAGACCAGGAAGAAGGAUUCCCACGAGUUGGUGACUUCAGGCAUCUACUCAAUCUUCCGCCACCCAAGUUACUUUGGAUUCUUUUACUGGGGAUUGGGAACACAGCUAGUAAUGGGCAACGUUCUGUGCUUCUUUGCCUAUGCGGCUGUUCUCUGGAUGUUCUUCAGCAAGCGAAUUAAACACGAGGAGGCCAAGUUGAUUGAGUUCUUCCAAGAUGAUUAUGUCCAAUAUCGAAAGAGAGUGGGAACAAAGAUUCCUUUCAUCGCUUAGAAGAUGUGAGAGAAUAGGGGAGCGAUCUAGCCACAGGCGCAUGUAAAUACAGCUAAGACUAGAAAUGCUUUUCAGAUUACUUGCAAUAGGACCAUGUCUUGGGGCUACUGUCAUAAGGCCUACUAGGCCAAGUUUAUGCCUACAUUUCAUCAACAUAAAUUUUAGAAAAUAGAAUCUGACGGUUGAGGUGAA